CCUGGCCCAAACCAGCUGGACCAGCUCUCCCAGUGCCCUCCUGCAGCCCCCCCUUCCCACCAGCCAAGUCACAGCAUCCAGGGACCUUCAGGCAAACGGGUGGUGGGUCCUGAUCCUGGAGACCUGAAGGUGGGCUUCUGGGCAGAGAUGGCCCUGCAGAGCCAGAUGUGGUCUCCAGCCACACCCAUGCCCAUGGCCGAGAGCUCCCUCUACCGGCAGCGGCUAGAGGUCAUCGCUGAGAAGCGGCGGCUGCAGGAGGAGAUCCGCGCCGCGCGCCGGGAGCUGGAAGAGGAGAAACUCCGCGUGGAGCGGCUCAAGAGGAAGUCUCUCCGGGAGCGCUGGCUAAUGGAUGGGGCGGCGGAGGGGACAGAGCAGCCGGAGGACUCCACCUCCAAAGACCCCCAGUCACCCGAGGGCCAGGCUCAGGCCCGAAUCCGGAACUUGGAAGACAGCUUGUUCACACUCCAGUCCCAGCUGCAGCUGUUGCAGAGUGCGUCCACAGGUGCCCAGCACAAGCCCUCAGGGAGGCCCACCUGGCGCAGACAGGGUCACCGGCCUCUCUCCCAGCCUACCGUGGAGGCAGGUCCCACAGGUGGGUGCUUGUGCUCCAGGUCUGGGGGUCCCAAGAAGAGGGGUCUGAAUCUAGGGGCUCAGAAUCUCACUCUGUCGCCCCGUUUCUUCUCCUUUCCUCCUGUCACUCCCCAAGACCACGCUGAUCUGAACAAGAGAGCCUCCCUACCAGCUGGACCAGUGGACACAUCUCCAGAGUCCCCCUCAGAGGCCCGAGAUGAGGCUGUCAGGGCUCCGUCAGCCCUGAGGCUGUUCCCUGGGGCAGAAGGGGCCUCCUCAGAAGCCAAUGGCCCCUGCCCUGGACUCAGCCCCCCUCCAGAGCAGGAGCCUAGUCAGGCGCUGGCAGCCUCCAAGGGGGGCGCGGACGAGGCCAAAGCGGGUGUGGUGAAGGUGGUAUGGGAGGGGCUGAGGGCCACGGAGGACUGUGCCACGGCGGCCACGGGCCCAGAACUAGAGGCUAAGGUAGAGGAGAUGGUGCUGGAGGCCAUUGGGGAGAGGCAGGAAGCUAGCUGCCCAGAGCUCCCCUCCUGGGUGAAGGAGGACAGGGGCAUUGUGGAGGUGGUCUGGGAGGGCGUGGGAGGGCCAGACAGUGGGGACUCAGAGGCCACAGGGGAGCUGGGCGGGGGCCAGAAGGCUGCGCAGGCCAGCUCACCGAGGCUUCUUCAGGUGAGACUAGAAGGAGCAGCUCCUGGAGAAGGUGUUCCCAGGGGCAGCCCUGAUGGGCCAGGGGGCUCUGGAGGAGAGGAGGGGUCUUUCAUUUGGGUGGAGAGGGUGACCCUCAGCGAGGACUGGGAGGAGCUGGGGGUGGAGGGAUUGGAAGGGCCCAGGAUGUGGGGACAGGGGGGAGGACCUGAGAGUCCACUGGGGGCAGAGAGGGGGGCAGGGGAGGAAGCUGGGGAGGCAGGGAGGGGCCAAACAGAGGAACCAGUGGGCGGAGGAAAGGAGUGGAGUGAGGAGAAGGCAGGGACGGAGGAGGAAGGAGCAGACAUGUCUGUGAUGGCGGACAGGGAAGGAAGCAAGGACUCCUUGGAAGCAGAGAGGAGGGGGGGUGAGGACAAGCUGGGGACAGAAAGGGAAGCAGCUGAGGAACUGUUGUCAGUAGCAAGAGAGGCAGUUGAGGGACCUUUGAGGGCAGAGAGGGAAAGAGGCGAGGAGCCAUUGCAAGUAGAGCUGAAAAGUGCAGAAGAGCCAGAGGCAGAGAAGGAAGACGAGGAACCAUUGGGAGUAGAGCAGAAAGGAGAGGAGGAAAAGCUAGAGGUGACUGAAGAACCAGGGGCGUUGGAAAGAAAGGAAUGCGAGGAGUCACCGAAGGUAGAGAGAACAGGAGGUGAGGCGCCACUGGAGGCCGAGAAAGAAGGCGAGGAGUCACUGGAGGCUGAGAGAGGGGGAGAUGAGCCGCCACUGGAGGCUGAGAAGACCGAAGCAGUCAAGGAAGAUCUGAGUCAGGAAGACCAGAGGGAGUCUGAGGGCGGACAGGAAUGUCAGGCAGAGGAGGUGAGUGAGGCAGGGGCUCCCGUGGGGGCCAAGGAAGAGUCAAGGCCAGAAGAGGAAGAUCCACAGCCCCAGGAGAAGCAGGAAGGCUCCCUGGAGGAGGGAUCUGUAAGGCCCCAAACUCCUGCUGAGGGCCAGGGCCCCUCGGGGGACACCACCCCCCUCCUGGCAGAGACCCCAGCCCCAGAGCAGCCUGCCGAGUGCCAGCCACUGCUUCGGGCGCAAGGGCCUCGGGCCAACCCCAGUGCCCGGCCUGUGCCCACCUAUGCACCUGCCCGGCAGCCCGAGCCAUCUGCCCCUCCCGAGGGCGAAGAGGCAAGCGGGCCUAAGCAAAAGACGUGCCAGUGUUGUGCGGUCAUGUGAGCCCACGCCCACCACCCCACGUCCGGCUCCUCUCACAGCUACCUCGGCCUCUCGGCAUCCAGCAGCGGGUCCCCGGCGCAGACAGGGCGCCACCGGGCUGGCUGGGCCACCUGGGGGCUGGCUGGGCCACCUGGAAGCCAGCUGGCCCGCACGUCACCUCCUCCCGGGCUUCUGGACGCUUCCCACUGCCUGUGACCCUGGCCCCCUUCUACGACAAAGCCUUUAUACUUGAAAAUUAAAUGUUCAAGCAUCCGGA